AUGUCCAGCAUGUCAACUCGCUCCGCCUGGCGAGCUUUGCACUAUAGUGCAAAGCGUCGCGCUUUCCAACCCUCUACUCCCUACCGUUGUUUCUCCUGUGCCAACCGUGUCCAGGAGCAGAAGCCAGAGAAUGACCGCAUGACACACUUCGGCUUCACGAAUGUGCCCGAGGCAGAGAAGGAGAUUCGAGUCGGCGCCGUCUUCAGCUCCGUGGCAGCCUCCUACGACCGCAUGAAUGACCUAAUGUCCCUCGGCAUUCACCGCCUGUGGAAAGACCACUUCGUGCGAUCCCUGAACCCAGGCUCAUGCCUGCCCGCCCUGACCGCCGACCAGCGCGGCUGGAACAUCUUGGACAUCGCCGGCGGGACCGGCGACAUCGCCUUCCGCAUGCUGGACCACGCCACGAACGUCAACCACGACAUGGAAACCCGCGUGACGAUCAGCGACAUCAACGCCGACAUGCUGGCCGAGGGCCGCAAGCGCUCCCUCGACACGCCCUACUACAACACGUCGCGACUGGACUUCGUCGAGGCCAACGCUGAGCACAUGCCGCAUAUCCCCGACGCCUCGGUGGAUCUCUACACUGUUGUUUUCGGAAUCCGGAACUUUACGGAUAAGCAGGCUGCGCUGAAUGAGGCGUAUCGUGUCCUCAAGCCCGGUGGUGUCUUUGCUUGCAUGGAGUUCAGUAAGGUCGAUAACCCGAUUCUGGAUGGCAUUUAUAAGCGUUGGAACUUUGGUGCCAUCCCGCUUAUUGGUCAGGUUGUGGCUGGUGACCGUGAUAGCUAUCAGUAUCUCGUGGAGAGUAUUGAGCGCUUCCCUAGUCAGGAGGAGUUUAGGGGUAUGAUUCAGAAGGCUGGGUUUAUGAUUCCUGGUCAGGGCUUUGAGAACCUCACAGGUGGUAUUGCUGCUAUCCAUAAGGGUAUUAAGCCGAUUGUUAAGGCUUGA